AUGUUACAGUUUAGGUGUUCCACAGUCCUGAAGGAGUUAUAUGACGCCACCCUCAAGUGUCCCCUUCUCGUCCAUAAACAGAAGACCUGGUUACCGACCUCUACCCGCUGCUGCUUUGGUACUGUCUCGGUUGAUGCCCGAACCUCGUACCCUCGGCUAAAGGUCCUCCAUGCCGCCUCGCAGCGCCCGGCUUCCCGCACCGCGCCCGGCGCCGCCCCGCUCCGCUCCUACUGCGUGAAGACCGAAGGUGCCUCCGUGGAGGUGGACGAGCAGUUGAAGAAGGAUGACGCGCUUAAAGCCACUGGACUUCGCAGUGGAGAUCCCCGCCUGAAGGAGUGCAUGGACAGCCUCAAAGAGAGUUUGAAGAGGACUCCCGAUGGUGUUACACUCGAUAGGCACCUGUUUAAGAAGUGUGUCCAGAGCAACAUUGUCCUGCUCACACAGGCCUUCCGAAAGAAGUUUGUCAUCCCCGACUUCCAGUCCUUCACCUCCCAUAUUGACGAGCUUUAUGAGAAUGCCAAAAAACUCACUGGAGGACAGGUUGCGGACUACAUACCCCAGCUUGCCAAAUUCAGCCCUGACUUGUGGGCAGUCUCUCUCUGCACAGUCGAUGGACAGAGGCACACAGUGGGAGACACUAAGGUCCCAUUCUGUCUCCAGUCUUGUGUCAAGCCCCUGAAGUACGCCGUGUCUGUUCAUGAUCAUGGCACAGAGUAUGUGCACAGUUUCAUUGGGAAGGAGCCCAGUGGCCUCCGCUUUAAUAAGCUCUUUCUGAAUGAUGAUGAUAAACCCCACAACCCCAUGGUGAAUGCUGGAGCUAUUGUUUGUACAUCCCUUAUACAGCAAGCUACAAGCAAUGCAGAAAAAUUUGACUAUGUCAUGAAUUAUCUGAAGAAGAUGGCAGGGAAUGAGUAUGUUGGUUUUAGCAAUGCCACAUUCCAGUCGGAGCGUGAGUCAGGAGACAGAAAUUUCGCCAUCGGGUACUACCUAAAAGAAAAAAAGUGUUUCCCAGAGGGGACAGACAUGACAUCUGUGCUGGACUUGUACUUCCAACUGUGUUCUAUCGAGGUGACCUGCGAGAGCGCCAGCGUCAUGGCCGCCACCCUCGCCAACGGCGGCAUCUGCCCAAUCACGGGGGAGCGUGUGUUGAGCCCAGAGGCAGUGAGGAACACCUUGAGUCUCAUGCACUCGUGUGGGAUGUACGACUUCUCAGGACAGUUUGCUUUCCAUGUAGGACUUCCAGCCAAGUCGGGUGUAGCGGGGGGCAUCUUGCUGGUGGUGCCCAACGUGAUGGGCAUUAUGUGCUGGUCGCCCCCUUUAGACAAGCUGGGCAACUCUGUCAGAGGAAUACAGUUCUGCACGGACCUGGUGGAGCUUUUCAACUUUCACAACUACGACAACCUGAGGCACUUCGCUAAGAAGCACGACCCUCGCAGGGAGGGAGGAGACCAGCGGCAGCACUGCUACGGACCCAUGGAUUAUGAGAGCCUGCAACAAGAGCUAGCUCUGAAAGCCCCUCUGUGGAAAAAAGUCUCCCCCACUGAGUCCGACCAGGACAGCUCCACCACUGUAGUCAAGUCCGUCAUCAACCUGCUAUUCGCUGCCUUUACGGGGGACGUGUCUGCCCUCAGGAGGUUUGCUCUUUCAUCCAUGGACAUGGAGCAGAGGGACUACGACUCCAGAACGGCCCUGCACGUGGCGGCGGCGGAAGGUCACGUAGAGGUGGUGCGCUUCCUACUGGACGCUUGCAAGGUCAACCCAGUUCCCAGAGACAGAUGGGGCAACACACCAAUAGAUGAAGCUGUGCAAUUUGGCCACCACGACGUGGUCACCAUCCUGCAGAACUACCUGGACAAGUACAGUCCACCUGCCGACCACCAGGACAAGGACAGCCCAGAGAAGAGCCUGGACAGCCUGCUGUAG